AUGUCGGCCAAUCAUGCCGGCAUGCGGAGGCACCACAGCGUCCGUUUUUUAUUCACAGAAAAUGAUGGUAAGCCAAUGGUAAUGUCCAGACUAGACUUUUCCAGGAAGCUGAUCCAGCAGACAUUGAAGUUUACUGCAAAUGACCUGAACUGUAUCCUGACCCUGCCUUUCAACAAAGGAUUUGAUGAGCGGGAACAAGUGACUCCAGUGCGCGGCCUCUCUUUUGGGGAGCCCAAGACAGUUUGGCUCAAUGUGAACCAUCCCAGGCUCCCAAACAGACUUCGAGACUUGUCAUGGAUGGUGGCUCACGAGAUCCUCCCAGUCAGGACCGUCAUGCACUCUCGGGGCAUGUCAGUAACAUCUGUGUGCCCCCGACCAGGUUGUGGCGCGCCUGAAUCGGUGAGGCACCUGCUCUGGGAGUGCAGCGCUGCCGUAGACCAGUGGGCAAAGGCCGGCUCCUUACAAUUCCCGUACUUACCGGCAAGGGAGGUCCUCACAGCACAACUAGUGCUUUACGGGGUGAGCCGUGGCAUACACACAGAGAAAAAGGACUUUGCCGAGAUGUGGCUCACCCUUGCCGCCAUUAAAGACGCCAUAUGGACCUCCAGAAACUUGCUGGUAAGGAAGCACAAGCAGAUUCCCCCCGUGGCUGUGAUCCAGAUGGCAGCAGCAACAAGGAAGUCGACCACAGCUGCAGGCGGCAGGCCUAGGACACAGCCACAAAGAAGCAUCGCCUCUGUGCCCAUUCGGACGAAGGAGCCGGAGCCACACAAACAAAGGUUAAAGCAGCGCCGGCCUGGCUCUCCGGGUGAGGCAGGUGGGAAGGAGCAUCAGGGUGGGGAUCCCCUCUGAGCACCAUGACUGUUUGGGAGAAUGAGAUGGUUUUCUAUGACUUUUUAAGGAGUCACCCCGCUCCUACACAUAUUUUAAAAAUUGCACUGUCACUUUAAAAAAACAAUAUAUAUGACGUUUUAAACAUCUCUUAAGAUCAGAGGACUAAUCCCAUUGUUUUAUUAUUGUAUUAUUGUAAUGUAUUGUAUUACCUGAAGAACUGUGCUCUGAAUGUAUGUGUCAAUAAAUUUUUUCGAAAGAAAAAUCUGUUCUUAUCAGUUUAAUAUCUGAUACGUCCCCUACCCGGGGACCAUAUAUUAAAUUGAUUUUUGGAUCAGGGAGAUGGAAUAGGGGCUUGCUCCGUCCACUCCACGCAUCGACCUGGUAUUGCAUUACCUCCAGGAACGGUGUACC